AUGGACUCCAUCAUCGAAGUGCAACGACAGACGCACGAAGAAAUCGAACGCUUUGAGCGCGCAUUGUACACCAUACUCUCGCGGCCGCAUUCUACCCAGGAAACUAGGCUGCAAAAUGAGCACAGAGCGUCACAGAUGCUAGAACGCAUUUCAUCACGGGCGACGACGUUGAACAACCUAUACGUGGACGAGGCAGCACGCAAGGCUGAGAUAGAUGUCUUGUCAGUGUCUUCGCAACCCAACGACCUGUCAGAGUUCUAUGCGCGGUUGGUUAAAAUACAAGAGCACCACAGCAAGUAUCCUGAUUCUGUCCCAGGGGGGUUCGGUCUUGAACUGGCGACGCUGUUGGAAGAGCCAAAUCAAGACGGGGACGAUGAUUACGAGGAGGAAGACCCCGUUUCCCUGUUAUUCUCUGGGGAAGAGGCAUAUGGGAAAUAUCUCGAUUUGUAUGUCAACCAUACUGCAUACUGCAAUAUCAAGAAUGUUGGCAAGCGACCAGGAUACCUCCAGUAUCUAGACUUGCUGAUGACGGCCCAAAGCGGUCUUAUUCACCAAGAGUUGUCGAAGGAGGCACGUUUUACAAAGGACUAUGAAAACUAUAUAACCAAUCUUUACACAUACCUCUUGUCUUUUGCAAGGCGCACACAGCCUUUGGUUGAUAUCAAUGUUCAGCAACAAGAAGCAGAGACAGAGUUCACCAAACUUUGGGACGCAGGGGAGUUGAAGGCUUGGGAAGAGCCCAGCUCAAAGUCACAGGCAAAUGGCGAAUCUGGUGGAAUUUGGUGUAGUGCUUGCCAAAAGCAUUACAGCAAGCAGACUGUAUACGAUGCUCAUCUUACUUCAAAAAAACACAUCAAAGCCUCUGCAAGGCAGGUCGAAACUGGUGAAGCACCCGCAAACCCAAACGGAACCCACACCCCAUCCCAAACUAAGACAGCUCACACUUCCAAUUCUUCUGCAAAGUCUCGUCUUCGGAACUCUGCUCUAUAUACGCACCUUUCCACAGCACUUCUUGUCACACUUAUUCCCUUACUGAACGACACCAAGUCUAAUGUUGAGCGUCGGUUCUCGCUAACGGCUCGUGAACGUGAGCAAGAGCUUCUGGAUCAAGCCAAGCCACCAGCGCCUGUACCAACAGCUGCGGGCGAAAAUGAACAGCAGGAGGAGGAGGAGGAAGAGCGGAUUUAUAAUCCGUUGAAACUGCCACUUGGCUGGGAUGGAAAACCCAUUCCAUAUUGGUUGUACAAGCUUCAUGGUCUGGGGGUUGAAUACCGAUGCGAGAUAUGUUCUGACCAUGUUUAUAUGGGAAGGAAAAACUUUGACCGUCAUUUCCAGGAAUCCCGACAUGCCUUUGGUAUGCGUGCUUUGGGACUUCCCAACACGAAACAUUUCCAUGAGAUUACAAGGAUAGAGGAUGCUCUGUCUCUUGCUGAAAAACUGAAGCAAGAGGGACGCCAUGAAAUUUUUGAGCAGGAAACGAUGGAAGAGCUGGAGGACGAGGAAGGCAAUGUCUAUAACAGAAAGACGUACGAGGACCUCAAGAAACAAGGCCUGAUCUAA